CAGCAAAAGGGGGUUUAAGCGGGUUCUUUUCUUCACCUCUGAUCUCUCUGGUUUUCAUUUCUCGAGACGCCAUUAUGUGGGCGCUUCGACGAACCUCCUCGAUUGCUCUCAGGUCACAAACGUUUUCAGCAGUCACCUUUCGUGCAUCAUAUCCUGAACACAAAACACCAUUUUCUACCUACGUGGACAAAACCAGAUUCACCAACCCUUCAAGAAACACAUGUGGAUCCCAGAUAUUAAUCAAAUAUUCUUCCAAUACACAUUCCAAUGCCACUUCAAACCAUUCCUAUUCUUCAAUGGCUAGCACAAAAAGCAGUGGAGAAGAAGAUGAUGAUGAAUUGGAGGAUGGAUUUUCUGAGCUUGAAGGAAACAAUGAUGAAGAUGAAAGCGAUAAUGAAUCAACCUCUGAACCCGAACUUUCUGAAAAUGACAUGGAAGUAUCAGUUCCUGAAAUUACAGAAACCCAUCAACAAAAAAGAGCUUCUUCAGUGAUUUUCAAGGCUCUCAUGGAUUCCCCAAUGCAACCUGCUCAAAAGACCCUUGAUAAAUGGCUUGAAAAAGGAGACACUAUAAGCAGAUCAGAUGUAUCUAUAGCCAUGCUUGAACUCCGGAGGCGUAGGAUGUAUGCCAAAGCUUUACAGCUGUCUGAAUGGUUACAGACCCGAAAACAGUUAGAAUUCAACGAAAAAGAUUAUUCUUCUCAUAUUGACUUAAUCAGCAAAGUCAACGGUCUCCAAGCUGCAGAAAACCACAUUUCAAGAAUCCCAAAGUCCUUUCAAGGCGAACUUCUCUACCGAACUCUCCUAGCAAACUGUGUUCGAUCCACCAACAUGUCAAAAUCCGAACAAAUCUUCAACAAAAUGAAGGAGUUAAAACUCCCGAUAACGCCCUUCGUCUGCAACCAACUCCUCCUCCUAUACAAAAGAACCAACAAGAAAAAAAUCCCCGAUGUCUUAAAACUAAUGGAGGACGAAAACGUAAAACCAUCACUUUUCACUUACCGAAUGUUACUCGACAUCAAAGGUCAAAGCAACGACAUAUCCGGAAUCGAGCAAAUCCUCGAGGUAAUGAAAGCCGAAGACAUCAACAUCGACGAGGAUCCCAAAAUACGCGCGAUUUUAGCGCGCCAUUAUAUAAACUUUGGAUUAAAAGAAAAAGCAAAAAUCAUAUUAAAAGAACUAGAAGGAUCCGAUUUGAAAGAAAACCGAUCGGCUUGCGCGUAUUUACUUCCGCUUUACGCCUCCCUCGGAAGCCUGGAGGAAGUCAACCGAAUCUGGUCAAUCUGCGAGUCAAACCCAAUGCUCAACGAAUGCUUAUACGCGAUCACCGCAUACGGAACCCUAAACAAAGUUGACCAAGCGGAAACCGUGUUUGACCAAAUGUCGAAGCGAUACAAACGAAUUUCCGCGAGACAUUACGCGGUGAUGUUAAAAGUUUAUGCGAAUAACAAAAUGUUAUCGAAAGGGAAGGAUCUUGUGAAACGGAUGGCUGAGAUCGGUUGCCAGAUCGGGCCGUUGACUUGGGACGCGUUGGUCAAACUUUAUGUUGAAGCGGGUGAGAUUGAAAAAGCUGACUUGAUUUUGCGUAGGGCUUCGGAGCAGAAUCGGGUGAAGCCGUUUUUUAAUAGUUAUAUGGUGGUUAUGGAUGAGUAUGCGAAGAAAGGAGAUGUGCAUAAUGCUGAGAAGAUGUUUCAUAGAAUGAGACAAGAUGGGUAUGUGGCGAGGUUGAGGCAGUAUCAUUCGCUUUUGAAAACUUAUAUAAAUGCAAAGAUGCCUGCGUAUGGGUUUAGGGAACGGAUGAAAGCGGAUAAUAUUUUCCCGACUAAAUCGUUGGCGGGACAGCUGGCGCAAGUGGACGCGUUUAAACGGACUGCAGUGUCUAAUCUUUUGGAUUAAGUAAAAAAAACGAGUUACAAUAUGAAUAACGAUUUGUUUGGAACUUGGUUUUGCUUUACAUUUAUGAUGGAAAAUAGAGGUAAUUUGUUUUGCUA